AUGGCUGAAGUACUUAGUGAAUUCCCUGAAUUAACAACAGUUGUUAAAGGAAAAGAAGAGUCUAUUAUGUAAAGAACAUGUUUAGUUGCAAAUACUUCCAAUAUGCCUGUCGCAGCUAGAGAAGCUUCAAUUUAUACAGGAAUUACCCUUGCAGAAUAUUUCAGAGAUAUGGGUUAUAAUGUAAGUAUGAUGGCUGAUUCAACGUCACGUUGGGCUGAAGCUUUAAGAGAAAUUUCCGGUCGUUUAGCUUAAAUGCCUGCAGAUGCAGGUUAUCCUGCUUAUUUAGCAAAUAAACUUGCUUAUUUCUAUGAAAGAGCUGGAAGAGUUAGAUGUUAUGGAAGUCCUGAUAGAGAAGGUUCAAUCUCUAUAGUAGGAGCUGUGUCUCCGCCUGGUGGUGAUUUUACAGAUCCAGUUACUGUAGCUACAUUAUCUAUAGCAUAGGUAUUUUGGGGUAUAGAUAAAAAAUUGGCUUAAAGAAAACAUUUCCCCAGUGUUAAUUGGAAUAUCUCAACUUCUAAUUAUGAAAGAUAACUUGAUCCCUAUUUUAGUGAUUUUGAUCCUGAAUUUUCAUAUUGA